AUGUCUUCUAUGGAAAAGGACCGCGUCGAAUCUGACGAACAGACCAUGUCCAGCGAGGAAGCUCCCCGACGAGAGCGCCGCAGCAAGAAGAAGAGCAGCAAGUCUCGCCGACAAGGCACUCAGCAGCAACAGCAAGGCGGUGGUGGUUCAGGACCUCUUGACCAACUCCCUCUGGCUGGCGACCUCGGCAACACAGUCGGCGGCGUCACAGACGGCGUGAGCAACACCCUGGGCGGCGUUACAGGAGGCCUUGGAGGUCUCACAGGCGGCCAGCAGCAGGGUGGCGGCGGUGGUGAUGCCGGCAAGGACACUCUUCGACUUCGUCUAGAUCUCAACCUCGAUAUUGAGAUUCAACUCAAGGCUCGUAUUCAUGGUGAUCUCGAGCUCUCUCUACUAACGGGAUAG